GAUAAUCGACAACGAAGGUCGGAAGGUCGCCUCCUUAUUACGUCGUACGCAUCCCACAUUGCAUCUAAAAUACAUAAUAAUCGCUACAAGUAAGCACAAUAAAAACAAAACACGGAAUCUCUUUGAGAAUACAGAACAAACAUGGGACGGGAAUCGAGGCAUUACCGGAAACGGUCGGCCUCGCGGGGCCGCUCAGGAAGCCGAUCGAAAAGCCGCUCUCCGGACAAGCGAUCCAAGCGUGAUGACCGCGGCAGCUCUCGCAACCGCGAUCGGGACCGAAGUCGCCGGGAUCGGUCCCGGAGUAGGGACCGGCGCCGCUCACGCUCCAGGGACAGGAAGCGUCCUAGGCGCUCCAGGAGCCGAGAGAGGCGGCGGUCUCGAAGUCGUGAUCGCAGGCGAUCUACCAGCAGGGGCCGGGGUCGUAGGUCACGGUCUGCGACCCCCAGUCGGAGCAGGAAGAGUGAUAACAGAUCAAAAAGUAAGGAGAAGCCAGACAACGCAGAGCAAUCGAUAGAAAAGAAGAAAAUAAAAGAGGAGAAGGAGGAAGAAAAAGUCGAGGAUCAAGACUUUGAUCAGAACAAGCUGGAGGAGGAGAUGAGGAAGAGGAAAGAGCGGGUGGAGAAGUGGAGGGAGGAGCAGCGGAAGAAGGCGAUGGAGAACAUCGGGGAGCUGAAGAAGGAACUGGAGGAGAUGAAGCAGGGAAAGAAGUGGAGUCUGGAAGAUGACGACGAUGACGAUGAGGAAGCUUCAGCUCCUGUGGAGCAAGAAGAGGAGCAAGAGAAGAGCGUGGAAGUAGCCGUGCCCAUGGAGGUGCCGGAAGAAGAGGAGCUUGACCCCCUGGAUGCCUAUAUGGAGGAGGUGAAGGAGGAGGUGAAGAAGUUCAACAUGGGAACCAUGAAGGGAGCCAAUGACAAGAAGGGAGGCAUGAUGGUGACUAAGGUGUUGACGGUGGUCACCACCAAGAAAGCGCCAAACACCACCAAGAAGAAGGGCGAGCUGAUGGAGAAUGACCAAGAUGCCAUGGAGUACUCCUCCGAAGAAGAGGAGGUUGAUCUGCAGACAGCUCUGACAGGCUAUCAGACUAAGCAGAGGAAGGUUCUGGAGCCAGUAGACCAUCAGAAGAUUGAGUAUGAUCCCUACCGCAAGAACUUCUACGUCGAGGUGCCAGACCUGGCCAAGAUGACGCAAGAAGAGGUAAAUGUGUACAGGUUGGAGCUGGAGGGGAUCACCGUUAAGGGCAAAGGGUGUCCCAAACCUAUCAAGACAUGGGUGCAGUGUGGCAUCUCGAUGAAGAUUUUAUCUGCACUUAAAAAGCACAACUACGAAAAACCAACGCCCAUCCAGGCCCAAGCCAUCCCGGCCAUCAUGUCCGGUCGGGACCUGAUCGGCAUUGCCAAAACAGGCAGCGGGAAGACCAUCGCCUUCCUCCUGCCAAUGUUUCGUCACAUCCUGGACCAGAGGCCCCUGGAGGAGUCCGAAGGUCCCAUAGCUGUGAUCAUGACCCCUACCAGAGAGCUGGCUCUGCAGAUCACCAAGGAGUGCAAGAAAUUCUCCAAAGCUCUGGGGCUGAGAGUGGUCUGCGUCUAUGGAGGCACCGGGAUUAGUGAGCAGAUCGCCGAGCUGAAGCGAGGAGCCGAGAUCAUUGUGUGCACACCAGGGCGGAUGAUUGACAUGUUAGGCGCAAACAGCGGUCGAGUGACAAACCUUCGCAGAGUCACGUACGUGGUUCUGGAUGAAGCAGACAGAAUGUUUGACAUGGGGUUCGAACCACAGGUGAUGCGCAUCGUUGACAACAUCCGGCCCGACAGGCAAACUGUCAUGUUCUCCGCCACGUUUCCCCGAGCUAUGGAGGCCCUUGCUCGUAGGAUCCUGUCCAAACCCAUCGAGGUGCAAGUCGGGGGCCGCAGUGUCGUGUGCUCCGACGUUGAACAGCAUGUGAUUGUGAUUGAGGAGGAGAACAAAUUUCUGAAGCUGCUGGAGAUCCUUGGCCACUACCAAGAGAAGGGCUCAGUCAUCAUCUUCGUGGACAAGCAGGAGCAUGCAGAUGCUCUGCUCAAAGACCUGAUGAAGGCCUCAUACCCCUGCAUGUCUCUCCAUGGAGGAAUCGACCAGUAUGACAGGGACAGCAUCAUCAAUGACUUCAAAAAUGGGGCGUGCCGGCUGAUGGUGGCAACAUCUGUGGCGGCCCGAGGCCUGGAUGUCAAGCAGCUUAUCUUGGUGAUCAACUACAACUGCCCUAACCACUACGAGGACUAUGUACACCGAGCUGGGCGCACUGGUAGAGCAGGGAACAAAGGGUACGCAUACACGUUCAUCACAGAGGAGCAGGUACGGUACGCUGGGGACAUCAUUAAAGCUCUGGAGCUCUCUGGAUCCACUGUGCCGCCUGAUCUGGAACAGCUGUGGUUGAACUUCAGAGAUCAGCAGAAAGCCGAGGGCAAGAGCAUCAAAAGCAGCAGCGGAUUCUCCGGGAAGGGGUUCAAAUUCGACGAGACGGAGCACGCCCUAGCCAAUGAGAGAAAGAAGUUGCAGAAAGCUGCUCUGGGUCUGCAAGACUCUGAUGAUGAAGACACUGCACUGGAUAUUGACGAGCAGAUUGAAAGCAUGUUCAACUCCAAGAAGCGCGUGAAGGACCUGUCCGCUCCAGGAGGGGGUGGCGGAGGAGGCGGCGGGGGUACAGCUGGUGCAACGGCCGCGGCAGGCCUUCUGGCUGGAAUUGCCAUGCCUUCUGCAGGAAACAUCCAGAAGCUGGAGCUUGCUAAGAAGCUGGCGAUCAAGAUCAAUGCUCAGAAGAACUUGGGUGCUGAAGCUCAGGAUGUGAUGCAGCAGGCUACCAAUGCCAUUCUUCGAGGAGGGACCAUCAUGGCUCCCUCCGUUUCGGCCAAAACUAUCGCCGAGCAGCUGGCGGAGAAGAUCAAUGCUAAGCUCAACUACAUUCCCGUGGAGAAGAUGGAGGAGGAAAGGCAGAUUGCCGAACAGACAGAAACCAUCAAACGAUAUGAAGAAGAACUGGAGAUCAAUGACUUUCCUCAGACGGCCAGGUGGAAGGUCACCUCCAAAGAGGCCCUGCAGAGGAUUGGCGAGUAUUCAGAGGCAGCCAUUACCAUCAGAGGGACCUACUUCCCACCUGGCAAAGAACCUAAGGAGGGAGAACGCAAGAUCUACCUGGCCAUUGAGAGUGCCAAUGAACUGGCUGUACAGAAGGCAAAGGCCGAAAUCACCAGACUUAUUAAAGAGGAGCUCAUCCGAUUGCAAAACUCCUACCAGCCAACCAGCAAAGGAAGAUACAAGGUCUUGUAGCAAGGGUAUCAGAGUAGAAGAUAUGGGCAAUUGCAGCUGCUUUUUGUCUUGCAUCGGCUCCAAAGUUAUUUCUGAGUAUGUUUUAGAUUAUUUUUUAAUAUUACAGUGCUUCUACACAGUUGUGUUUUGGUUGAGCAACCUCUUUUUACAUUCACAUCAAGUGUAUUGAUUGUUCUCACUUGACUCUCUACCAAAUCCCCCCUUUUCUCCACUCAUCUUUGUUAAUAGAUGAUAAAAAUCUUGACAGAGGUAUCAGUUAUGUACAGAAUAUCAGCAGUUGUAUUCCUAUAACCAAGUACAGAAAACACAAGCAUAGUUUGCCAUUUAGACUUACUGGUGGGUUUUUCAGUUUUUUUUUUUUUUUAAAGGGGCCUUUUGCAUAGAUCCGUUUCUGAUCUGUUUGUAAGAUUUGUUAGAUUUUAUUUUUAUUGAUUUCUAAAGAAUACCAAGACUGAUUUAGAUAUAGUGGUCCCAGUGUAAUUUACAAAAAAAAACUGUAAAACUCUUUCCUGUUUUCUCUUAAAACGAAACAGAGAAUCAUCCUUCAAAUGGUGUACUGUUUUUAUGCUGUUUCCAGUAAUAAAAAAUGUCCACCCUAGUGAAAUAAAA